GGAGCGCUUUUCUCGCGGCCGGCUCGAACGUUUCCUCCAGCCAAGUGGGGAGACCGAAAGCGGAGAGCGCAAACAAAGUCCGCUUACAAAGCCCCUAGAUGAGUCACUCAUUGGGGUGUUGGUCUUCGCUUUUUGCAAGAAACUUAAAAGCGGUUGUUGCCGAUAUGUUGACCAUCCUCUAACCCUCCCACUUUAGGUAGGGAACCCCUGUUUGGAAGAUCUAGGCUGGAACUUUUUUUUCUGCUUCGUUUCUAUUUUCAAACGAAGCAUUUAGUGGACAGUGGAGAUGAGCUCAACGGAGAAACUUCAGAACCAAGAAACUUCAGAACCGGAGGAGGUUAGGAAGCUCGACACUUUUAAGCCCAUGAAGCCUCCCAUCACCAACAGCAGGCAGCACAGAACAGCUUGCUGCCCCUCCUGAGCUCUGCUGUGGAGCCCCCUGAUCAGAAACCAUUACUUCCAAUAUCAAUAACUCAGUCACUUAAACGUUUUCUGCUGAUGGAAAGGGAGGAACAUGGUGUUUUUUCCUUUACUGGGUAAUAGGCAAGUAGAUGAUUAUGUCAUUGUGUAUGAGUGUGUGUUUGUGUGUUGCUGCAGUAAGGUACUGCUGUUAAAUACUUAAGUCUGGGGUAUAAUUUUUUUGACAAGUUAUUUAAACUUGAUUUCAGACAAAUGCAAACUGUUUUCAUCAGCUGUUGUGCCCCUUAUGAACCAGAGUAGUUUGUAAUUCAGCUAGCUAUUUGAAAGCAAGAUCACUGUCAGCAACUUAGUUGCAAAAGUUUUGUGUCUGCACAGUGAUUUUCAACUCUUUGUAUUUGGAGCUCUGAGGUGAUUGCUGGAUCUCUGCUGCAGAGAGUCAUGGGCUCUUCUAUUGUUUCUUCUGGUCUCUAUUGUCUGGAACAUGUUGAAUUUUGAAGGUCAUUGUGAGAGCCUGAGUUUCUCAAGUGUAAAUGUUUGGUUUUAGGCCCAUGAAGCCUCCCAUCACCAACAGCAGGCAGCACAGAACAGCUUGCUGCCCCUCCUGAGCUCUGCUGUGGAGCCCCCUGAUCAGAAACCUUUGCUUCCAAUACCAAUAACUCAGAAACCUCAGGCUGCACCAGAAACAUUAAAGGAUGCCAUUGGGAUUAAAAAAGAAAAACCCAAAACUUCAUUUGUGUGCACUUACUGCAGUAAAGCUUUCAGGGACAGCUAUCACCUGAGGCGCCAUCAGUCCUGCCACACAGGGAUCAAGUUGGUGUCCCGGUCAAAGAAAACCCCCACCACGGUGGUUCCCCUUAUUUCCACCAUCGCAGGGGACAGCAGCCGAACUUCGUUGGUCUCCACCAUUGCAGGCAUCUUGUCUACAGUCACUACAUCUUCCUCGGGCACCAACCCCAGUAGCAGUGCCAGCACCACAGCUAUGCCUGUGACCCAGUCUGUUAAGAAACCCAGUAAGCCUGUCAAGAAGAACCAUGCUUGUGAGAUGUGUGGGAAGGCUUUUAGAGAUGUGUAUCACCUCAAUCGGCACAAGCUCUCUCAUUCGGACGAAAAGCCCUUCGAGUGUCCUAUUUGUAAUCAGCGCUUCAAGAGGAAGGACCGGAUGACUUACCAUGUGAGGUCUCAUGAAGGAGGCAUCACCAAACCCUAUACUUGCAGUGUUUGUGGGAAAGGAUUCUCGAGGCCUGACCACUUAAGCUGUCACGUAAAACAUGUCCAUUCAACAGAAAGACCCUUCAAAUGCCAAACAUGCACUGCUGCCUUUGCCACCAAAGACAGACUACGGACACACAUGGUGCGCCACGAAGGCAAGGUAUCAUGUAAUAUCUGUGGGAAGCUCCUGAGUGCAGCAUACAUCACCAGCCACUUAAAGACGCAUGGACAGAGCCAAAGUAUCAACUGUAAUACAUGUAAACAGGGCAUCAGUAAAACAUGCAUGAGUGAAGAGACCAGCAAUCAGAAGCAGCAGCAGCAACAGCAACAGCAGCAGCAGCAGCAGCAGCAACAACAACAUGUGACAAGCUGGCCAGGGAAGCAGGUAGAGACACUGAGACUGUGGGAAGAAGCUGUCAAAGCAAGAAAGAAAGAAGCUGCUAACCUGUGCCAAACCUCCACGGCUGCUACGACACCUGUGACUCUUACUACUCCAUUCAAUAUAACAUCCUCUGUGUCUUCUGGGACUAUGUCAAACCCAGUCACAGUGGCAGCUGCAAUGAGCAUGAGAAGUCCAGUAAAUGUUUCAAGUGCAGUUAAUAUAACCAGCCCAAUGAACAUAGGGCACCCUGUAACUAUAACGAGUCCAUUAUCCAUGACCUCUCCUUUAACACUCACUACCCCUGUCAAUCUCCCCACCCCUGUCACUGCCCCAGUGAAUAUAGCACACCCUGUCACGAUCACAUCUCCAAUGAACCUGCCCACACCCAUGACAUUAGCUGCCCCUCUGAAUAUAGCAAUGAGGCCUGUAGAAAGCAUGCCUUUCUUGCCCCAAGCUUUGCCUACUUCACCGCCUUGGUAAACAGUAUUAUAAUAUCAAAAUAUGGGUUAAAGUAAAUAUUUACCAGCAACUUACUCUUAGUUGAUUAAAGCAAAAAGCAGACCAUGAAAUUGGGGAAUUUUAUUACAUUAGUUAAUAAGACUGUAGUAGCAUUUUCCUCCAAUUUGGCUGGGAUUGUUCAAAGUAGGGUGUAUAUGUAACUUUAUCACUGGACCACUUUAGUUUAAUCAGAAAUUCCUUUUAGCUGACAGCAUUGCUUAAAAAGAAUAGUACUUGGCAAGAUGAAAUGCCCAAAUUAAAACCAAUCAUAAAAAAACAAAACCCAUCAAAAUUCAAAAACAAAACAAACAAAAAACAGCAUUACUGUUUCUAAUCCCAAGAAAUCAUUUUUUUCUAAACACUAGCAGAAACUUCUCCCUAUACAAGGUGGAUGGCUGAUUUUUAACUUAAAAUUCUAAAUCCACAGAUUGAGAGCUAGUGUAGAAUUGUCUGUUUAUUGUUUUUAUGAGUAAAUACAUGCAUUAUCAUAAUAAAAUGCAUUUCAGAGAAUAUGCAUUUUACCUUUGGGAAUAUGUUAAUUUCAGGCAGCAUUCCCUAUGGGAAAGGUGAUACCAGCUCUGAUAUGCAAAGCAUAUGAUAAUUUAUCAUUCUAACUUCAACAUAUAAUAGGGAUUGUGACCUGAUAUUUGGAGAUGUAAAUAUUGCUCAGCAUAUUAAUCCUGAUGGAAUAUAGCAUUGUAGUUGACUUUUUAAAAAAAAAAAAAAACUUUAAAAAUAUAUACAAAUUGUGUUUUGGUAAGAAAGGCCACAAUUGACAGGAGAAGUCAAGUGUAAGGACCCACAGGUCCUAACAAACAGAGGCCAGUGGGACUCCUGUUCAGGAGCCAAGGUGUACUUUGGAACAGUUUAAAUAUAUUGCUUUAAAUUGGAAGACGCUGGAGGCACUGGGAUGUAAUAUGCCCCUCUCUCUCCCAAUCAGAGCCUGUUGAUGUUACAACAGGGACAGAUGUGUUAGAUGCUCACUAGAGUUUAUGUCUUAUAUUAAAUUGUAUACAGUUUUUAUUCUAACCACUAACUAGGUAGUAUGCCCCUUCAGAACAAGCAGAGUAUAUCUUUUUUUUCCUCCUUCCGUUUAAUCAAGUAUUGUGCAGAUUUGUUCAACUUUGUAAAUAUGGACAUCACUUUUUUUUCUUUGAUAAAACACUUGUAUCAGCUUUGUGGUGUUUUCAGGGAGACGGCUGUCUGUACUCUCUGUAGAAACCCAGCAAUGAUUGUGCACGUUGAGACAUGUGCUUUUAUUUUUUAGCAGGACAUUUUAUCUCUGUACAUAAGGUAGAAACCAAAAGCUAGGGAAACAGAUACUCUUUACACCAUCAUGCCACACAUUAAUGUUUGUAAAGCAUUGUGUUUAAAAAGAGUUAACUAAAACCAAGAUGCUGUGAUUUUUUUUUUUUAGUUGCAAUGAUUUUUUUUUUUCAUUUUUAAUCUUGCAGUUAAGACAAAUGGAAAUUAGUUGUGUUGAUCCUGCAGAAUGUUUGCAGGACUGACUAUCAAACUGGAUGGCUUCCGUUUAUACCCCACUGUGUCAGUUCAAGCAUAAAAAAUACCUUGUGUCUGAGGCAGACUUCCUAUAUCAGGGAUAGGUAUCUGUAUGUCAUUAUACAAAACAGUUCUAGGGGGUUGAACUACAUAGUAAAAAAUAAAUAAAUAAAUAGUACCUAGUGUAAAAUAAUUUUAUAAAUGAUCUUUUGUACUUUAGGACAUUAAAUUGUACAACUUUUGUAUAUAUAAAAGCUUAGGAACUUUCUGUUUAGCAGGAAGGCAACACAUUCCUACACUUUUAAUGUAUAUGUUUGUUAUAAUGUCCAUGUAAACAUACCCUAUGUUUGUGCCUUUUAAUUAGUUUGUCUCAAUAAACAAAAUGUAGAGAAAAAUAUGUAGCUAUGACUUUGUUACAAUUGUUCUUAUCCACAGUACAAAAAUGGUUUGUUUUUAAUAUGUAGAGCAUUAUGUGUGGACUACUGGAAGGACUCAUGUAGGGAAGGCCCAGGAAUGGCCCUUCCAAGGCCUGGAUUGGGAGGGCAAGGACCACGUUUGGAGGAAGCCCACAUUUUCUGGCGUCCAGACCACCCAAGACUGGGUUCUUGGCUCUGCCUGGGUCCAGUUAUUUCUUUCUGGUAUACUGGCAGUCAUAAUUCUCCAUGAUUUAGACAGCCCAGGCUUCCUCCAUAGUGGCCCAAGGAGCAAUUCUCAAUGGGGGGCAGAUGUGAUGGGCUCUACCCCCAGGCUAGAGUGUGGUUGUCAGUAUCCUGAAAGUAUUAGUUCUUAAAAAAGAAAAAAAAAAGAUAUAUACUAGAAAUGAUUGUUUUAUCAAUUCAUUGUAUAAUAAACAGGAGUGAGACUUCAUUGUAUGACUUCAGUUAAAAUGCUAUUUUGUAUGCAUUCUUUAUUCACUUAUGAAGCUUGUCUGCAAUAAUAAAACCACGUCGUGUCUUCUUUUGGGAGGGAGCAAGUUGAUGGCAGGAUUGGAGUGAGGGCGGGCCACUGCAAAGGGGGCCAAACCAGUUAUGUGGUGAAACUCUCCUGUGUCUUGGAACUGGAAAUGAGUUGUGAUGCUGAGGAACUGAUUCAGCCAGGUGUUGAAGGCACGACGGCCACCACUCUUCCGAAAGGCAGAGUGUGUUUUUCCCUUCUGGUUAUAACCUGGUUGAGAGCUUCCCCUUUAUCAGAUUGGCAGCUAAACAGUUGUAUUAGAUAAUCCUCAAAUCCGACAUCCAACUUGUUAUGCUCUAGGGCUCGCUGCUUGGCCUGCAUUUGCCUUGUAUUGUGUAUCCAUUCCCUCCUAAGGUGUGCUCCUAAAUGAAGGUUUCUAUGUAAGCAGAUGAUGAUUUUACCUGUCAAUACCAGCACUGUAUUACUAACAUGCAAAAUACUGCAGAUUUAUUUUGACAAAUUAAAGUUAACCAGUCACAAAUGU